AUGGCAGUAAACUUGUCUACAAAUGUGCGGGUUGCGCUAGAAGGCUUCAGUAUGACAGAGGAUAUACAGUGCUGGCUCGACAGCACUGUAGCCCUACACUGGCUGAACGAUGACGGGGAGUACCGCCAAUUUGUGGCUAAUCGGGUUAAAAAGAUCCAGAGCCACCCGAACACGCAGUGGAGACCUGUACCGACAUCCGAAAACCCCGCUGAUCUGGGGAGCAGAGGUGGCAGUGUGAAUGAAGCACAGCUAUGGUGGAAAGGUCCACUGUGGUUAUCCGACCGAUCUCAGUGGCCUGCUAAUAUUGUGACAACAGCGACAGAUGACAGCAAUGCAGAAAAGAAGGUUCAACGAGAACUUUUCGCGCUCGGUGUUGAAGCAAACAAUGACUUUGACACUGUUCUCGAGAAGUUUGGCUUGCGUAAAGCCAUGAGAAUUUGUACAUGGAUCUUGCGGUUCAAUCACAAUUCUCGUCACCCCUCCAAGAGGAUCAUAGGACCUCUUACGACCGAAGAAAUUCAUCAACAAGAAAUGUCCUGGAUCAAGCGAGCGCAGAGCCAAGGGGCAAAGAAGGUCAAGUUUGCCCGUGACCAGGAACAACUGAAUCUGCAACUAAACACCGAUGGUGUAUUGGAAUGCCGAGGACGCAUUCAGGGUGAGUAUCCGAUUUACUUACCAGAUUCGAAUUCUUUCACAGUGGAAAUAGUGAAGCGAGCGCACGAGGUAACUCUCCAUGGGGGAGUCAGCAUGACUAUGGCUAAAGUCCGAGAAAGAUUCUGGGUGCCAAGGCUUCGACGGCUUGCUAAGAGAAGCACUGCUUUGGAUGCAAGGGGUUUCAAG